AUGCGUGGUAGCUGGUUGCAGACCUAUAUAUUUGCUACGGUCGUUUCGGCGAAUCCUGUACUCUCUGCUGUGGAUUACUAUGUGUCGCCAGAGUUAAUUCCUGGUUUAUCUAUUGUAGAGGAUGAGGAGCUGAUUCCGGAGAUGUAUGCCGGUCAUAUACCCUUUGCUGGUGAUCGGGAUGGCGAAGAAAUUAGUUAUUUCUUCUGGAAAUUUAGCCAUCCACGCCAGUACUCCGAUUCACUAGUCUUUUGGUUUAAUGGUGGCCCCGGAUGUUCUUCAAUGGACGGAGCUUUGCUCGAGAGUGGUCCUUUCAGAGUGGAUGCAGAUGGAUCAGUUUAUUUGAAUGAAGGAUCUUGGCAUAAUCGUGCUGAUAUCGUCUAUGUGGACCAACCUGUCGGUACCGGCUUCUCUACCUCGAACCUUGAGUCAAUUAAUUACGAUGAAGAUCUUGAAACUGUCACCGAACAUUUCAUGAGAUUUAUCGACAGUUAUUUCCAGUCGUUCCCAGAUGAUCUAGACAAGGAACUUGUGCUAGCCGGUGAAAGCUACGCAGGACAGUAUAUUCCAUUCUUUGCAGACGCAAUCAUGAGACAUAAUGCUGGACUGGAUGACGAUUACGUCAAGUAUAAAUUGAAAGCAUUACUUAUCGGGAACGGUUGGGUCGAUCCGUCAACACAGUCUCUUUCCUAUUUACCGUUUGCCGUAGAGAAGGGACUAAUAGAUCAAAGCCAUCCAAACUUCCCCGACUUGUUGAAAGCACACGAAGAGUGCCAAAAUGCUAUCAAUUCAAAGGGCUCGGAGGAGAAAUUUUCAUACCAAGAAUGUGAAAAGAUCAUUACUCUGCUGCUGAAAUACACAAAGGACACUUCUUCGAAGGUUGACGAGAACCAAGUCUGCUUGAACGUCUACGAUUACACCUUGAGGGAUAGCUACCCUUCUUGUGGUAUGAAUUGGCCCGAAGGGUUGCAAAAUGUUCCUGAGUUCUUCAGUAAGCCAGGUGUAAUGGAGGCUCUACACCUUGAUUCGGAAAAGAUGCAAAGAUGGCAUGAAUGUGACUCGAAAGUGCUUGAAAAGCUAUCUAACCCGAAGUCCAGACCAUCCGUGAACCUUUUGCCUUCAAUAUUAGAGUCGGGAUUAGAUGUUUUCCUCUUCAAUGGUGACCAUGAUUUUAUUUGUAACAACAAAGGCGUUCUAGAUACUAUCAACAACAUGGAAUGGGGCACACACAGCGGAUUCAGUGAAAAUAGUCAAAUUUAUGAGUGGUACCACCUGGACUCACAAACAUAUGAAGAGCAAGUAGCUGGGUAUGUUAAGCAUGACAGAAAUCUCACUUUCAUUAGUGUCUACAAUGCCUCCCACAUGAUUGCGAGCGACAAAUCAUUAAUAAGUCGCGGUGUUUUGGACAUCUAUAUGAAUAACGUUCUGCUUGAAGUUCAAGACGGUCAGAACUUUUUACUCAGUGCAGACGACCUCGCUGACUUAGAUAAUGAUGAGGAAUCUGAGGAUCAAGAUGAUGCUGAUGACGAGGAUACCAAUAAUGAGCACGUUGAUGACGAAACCGACAAUGAGGAUCUUGAUGAGCAUCAAUCUGAGCCAAAGCCAUCAGACGAACCCCCUAAGAGCUUCAAAAGAUUUGUUGUUGUAGCAGCAAGUUGUUCGGUAAUUGCUGUCAUCGCUUACUUCCUAUAUUUCAAGAGAUUCAGGCGUAAAAUACGGGCCAUCCUGGUGGAUCCAAAUCACAGACAUGACGCCCAAAAUAAAACUGUCUCCUGGGCCGACGACUUGGAGGACGGUCUAGACUUUGACAUUGAUCAAGAAAUGGGAUCGAGCGGGAAGCCAACCCCAGGUAGUAAGAAGAAGGGAUCAUACACCAGUGUACCAAGCAACACUGUGGAUGAAUCGUUCGAGUUGGACGAUUUUUAA